AUGGGUAGCUUCCGGUGGUGGUUUACAGCUGUUUUGGUACUCGCCGUCGGUGUAACGGUGAAUGCCUGCCCGCCGUCAGAUAGGGCAGCUUUGUUGGCCUUGAAAGCUGCUUUACACGAACCUUAUUUGGGCAUUUUCGAGUCGUGGAAGGGCAACGACUGUUGUAGCAAAUGGUACGGCGUUACUUGCGACCCGACUACUAAACGGGUUGCGGAUAUAGCGCUUCGUGGAGAGUCCGAGGAUCCGAUUUUUCAGAAGGCGAAGCGGACCGGGUACAUGACGGGUUCAAUCUCACCGGAAUUAUGUAAGUUGGAGAGGUUAUCGAAUGUAAUUAUCGCCGAUUGGAAGGGUAUUUCAGGUACUAUACCUUCCUGCAUUACCACUUUGCCGUUCCUCCGUCACCUAGAUCUCGUCGGAAACCAAAUCUCCGGCGAAAUCCCUUCCGAUAUCGGCAAACUCAGCCUUCUGACGGUUUUAAACCUGGGGGAUAACAAAAUCACUGGGAGGAUACCGAGGUCGAUUGCAAAUCUAACUUCGUUGAUGCAUUUGGACCUACGAAACAACUUGAUCUCAGGAACUAUACCGAUCAACAUCGGUAAGCUGAGGAUGCUCAGUCGUGCUUUGCUUAGCAACAACCAGAUCUCCGGACAGAUUCCGAACACUAUUUCCUACAUCUAUCGUCUCUCAGAUCUCGAUCUCUCGUUAAACCGGAUCUCCGGACCGAUUCCUGAAGCGCUUGGAAAAAUGAAGGUGCUGGCGACGUUGAAUCUCGAUGGAAACAUGAUUUCCGGUCAAUUACCAACGUCGUUGAUGAACUCCGGCAUUAGCAUUCUGAACCUUAGCAAAAACGGUAUCGAAGGAAGCAUCCCGAACGCAUUCGGACCUAGAUCUUACUUCAUGGUGAUGGAUUUAUCGUAUAACAACCUGAAAGGUCCAAUUCCGGAAUCGAUAGCAUCAGCGUCGUAUGUCGGACAUCUUGAUCUGAGCCAUAACCAUCUGUGUGGGGCGAUUCCGGCGGGUUCAUGGUUCGACCACCUUGAAGCGUCGUCGUUUACUUACAAUGAUUGUCUGUGUGGAAAGCCUCUUAAGGCUUGUUAA